ACAGUGUCCUAUAGGCUGUUCAUAUAUAUGUUAUAUAUGAUACUAUAGGCUACAAACCAUUUUGAAAAACACCACAUUGACUAUAUAUAAGCUAUAUUGAUUUUGCAUGGAAGAGAGAAAGGUUGGGGUUAAAUUUUGUUUUUUCCCUAACUUUAACACAAACAUUUUUCAAAUAACCUUAAGUUUCUAUUUCUUUUUCUCUCACACAGUACACCCUUUGUUCAAGUAUUUCCGCCCUCAAUGAUUACGUAAGUUUGGCGCCUCUGAGCCACCGUUUCCUUUCCCUUUAAAUUGACCAAAAAAUGUAAUAACAUAAACAGACACUUCAGCGCGGGAAAGAGCCAUCUGCUGCUACGCAAUGUAAAAUUAACCGCCCUUCACUUUUAUUGGCUCCGUCGCAGCCGAACAUGAGCUCUGCGCGUCCUCAUUGGCCAAUGUUGAUGUCAGCGUACAAGAGCGCGCGUCAAGUGUUUAAAUCUCAUUGGAUAAAAGCGUCUCCGCCAAUCCUUGCACACGGAGCGCUCUCCUGCUUAUUGGCCCACGGGCUUCCUAUGUGGAGCUCUCUGGCUGAUGCUAUUGGCUACUUGUGACACGUGGGACCAAAUCCCUGCAGCUGAUUGGUCAGUCCACUUCUCGGGCGCGAUUUUGCAACGCGGGACAACGCUCCUGUGGGCGCACACAGGUCAGUUCAGACGACCCGCUGCGACAAGAAGGAAACUAACCAUCAUCUUCAUAUCCAACUGUAGCCUAUCUUUUGCGGAUACUUUGUAGCGAACAACGGAUCCGAGAUUCUUCUCUUGCUCUUUGGAAAUGAAGGACAUAUUCACUCCAGAUUGAAAAGGCGAACUGUUUAUGACUUUUACUCAUUCAUUUUUUUUAAUCAUUUAAAACUUUUACAGUUUUUGCCGGAGUUUUGACACCGAUAGGAUGGCCGACAACAAGCACCCGCACGUUAUCUUCUGCAACGACUCGCCCAAAAGAGUUUUGGUGUCCGUUAUCAAGACCACGCCGAUCAAACCCAGGAAAGCGGAGGCCCUGACACCAACAAGUCCCGGUUUCAGCGACUUCAUGGUCUACCCGUGGAAAUGGGGGGAGAACGCCCACAAUGUGACUCUGAGCCCGGGCUCAGUGAGCGGGGCUUCCUCCCCUACCGGGACCCAGACGGCCAGGGAGGCGGACACGGAUGCCUCAGCGGACCAGAUGAGGGAUGGUAUCCGCAGAGGACGUCCACGAGCUGACACUGUCCGGGAGCUCAUAAGUGAGGGGGAGACUUCAUCCAGCCGUAUUCGCUGUAACAUCUGCAACAGAGUAUUUCCCAGAGAGAAGUCUCUUCAGGCCCAUAAGAGGACACACACAGGAGAGAGGCCCUACCUGUGUGACUACCCAAACUGUGGGAAGGCGUUUGUCCAGAGUGGUCAGCUGAAGACGCACCAGCGGUUGCACACUGGGGAAAAACCCUUUGUCUGCUCAGAGAAAGGAUGUGGCAACCGGUUCACACAUGCCAACCGUCACUGUCCCAAGCAUCCUUUCUCCCGUCUGAAGAGAGAGGAACCGAAGGAGGGCCAGGGGAAGGCUCAGUCUGUGGACAACAAGGCUGUGGCAGAGUGGCUCGUCAAGUACUGGCGAACUCGUGAGCAGCGUGCCCCCACAACCACCAAGGUCAAGCCCCAGAGCAAGGCCAGAGCAGAGGACCAGGAGCAGCAGGAUCCCAUGGAGUUUCUUCAGUCCGAUGAAGAGAACGGGGAAGAGGAAGAGAUGGCAGAGGAAGAGAAGGGUACCCAGGGAGGAGCCGCCAAGCGCCGCCUCCAGGAGCAACGGGAGCGUCUCCACGGUGCUCUGGCACUCAUUGAGCUGGCCAACAACCUGUCUGCCUGAACACCUACCCAACACCUCCUGAUCCUGGACUCCCAUUCCCAGUCCCUCAUCUCUCCCAACCCCAACCCGCCUUCCUGCCGUACGUGCUGUAGCUAGAAAGCGCUCAUACAUGCAGAUCAAUGACUAGUUUAGUUUUAUUCUACCAAGUUGUGAGAUCAGACUUUGAGAAGGAGCUGAAUUGGCCUGAGAUCAGCACAGCAUCAUCUAUUCCCCCUCACAGCACCAGGAAGGCACAAGCUAAAGCACCUUAUUCAGCUUCCAUUUUAUCCUUUUAGGCUGCUAUAAUUGUAGAUUUGACUAUAUGAAGAAUGUCUUUCUUUCUCCUGUCUUCUAAAGGCAAAGAAAGAGUACCUGUUUUGUUCUAUUUUGUUUUGUUUGCACUUUGAUGGUAACGAGUUUGUUUUUUUGAGUGUAUUGUGAGUGAAACAGAGUGUGUAUGACUGAUGUAUAUAUGGAUUAAGCUCAGAUGGACAGAAUGAUACAGGGUGUGGUAAAACGUAGGAAAUGUUAAGUUGCAUUCCAGCUGUCAGAUGGCCUCUCAUCAUGUUCCCAGCUUUCAUCUCCAGCAUUGCAAGCACAAUUUCACUGCCACUGAUGACAGCAGUGGUGCUAGAAAUGAACUGAGAGACGUUCAGAUAGUUUAAGUCUCACUUUUACAGCACGCUCCGAGGAGUGUGCAUAGGUGGACUAAAGGAGACAGAAAAAGUUUGGGGAGCUGGAUCAGUCUGGCAUGGAACAAGACCGUUUUUAUAUGAGAGGUGAUCAUUGCAAGCCUAAUCCAGAGGUCUGGUUAGGCAUAA